AUGGAUUUUAGCCCUGUUUGAUAGUCUAAUCGAUCAAACAUGGAGGCGAAGGUCAAAAUUAAAACUGAACCUGUGGUCGUUUCCACGCCAGUAAAUUCACCGAAUUUUGGCUCCAAUUCCCCUUCAACGACAACAACAGGAGCGACCGCCACACAGGGAGUACCUAACCUUACUUCAAGUUCUGCUUCUAGUACUCAAUUUUCACACUUACCGGGGUUUGAUUUUGGUAGCGUGCGGCCGCCGUUUCCUUCGCCGGGAGCCACGGGGUCGAAUCACAGCGGCCCAGCUACGGUGCAGUCGUUGUUACAGCAACAAGCUCACUUGCUGCACUUACAGCAAGCACAUCAGCUGCAUGAAUUGCAGCAGCAACAGCAGCAGCGGCAUGUUACUGUUGGUCCUGAAUUGCCGAGUCCUGGGGGCCAAGUACCGCAUCCACACAUUGGAUAUCCUGGAAAUGUGCAAUCUCAUGCAGCAGCCAACAUGCUACCAAUGCCUUCAUCCCAUCAACUGACCCUAGCAAGCCAACUUGCCCGGCUUCGUCCAGGCAUGAUGCCAAACCUCGGGGCACAAGACCUAGCAGGGCAAGGCGCCAGUCUAGCCGCAGCCGCUGCAGCGGCUAGCUUAGGUUUGCCGUUUGGUUUACCACACCCGCAUGGUCUUCCAUUGCAUAGUCUUGGGCUAGGGCUCGGUGGAAUGGCUCCUAAUGCAGAUAGACAGGGCAUCAUGGCUGGAUUUGGUGUAACGACACAACAACAGACGAUGAGCAACUCUACCAAUUACCCAUCCAGUUUUCCUUCCAUCCCGCCACCCCUGAUGUCACCUGACUACUCAGCUGACAUGAUGCCUACAGAAGUCUUUGCAUCUGUCCCUACAGCUCCUACUGCAGUCAACUCAGUUGCACCAGCAUGCAGUCAAGGUGACAUGACUGGUUCAGAUUGUAGUGACCGACCAGGAAUGACGUGGCUGGACGCUGCCCAGGUCGUUUUAGAAGAAGCCGCAUGUCCUCUGCACAUCAAAGUCAUCAAGCAGCGUAUUUUAGACCGAGGUCUGGUCCAAUCCAGUGCCAAGUCGUCAUUAGAAGCGGUUCUCUACCGCGACACUCAGCGCGGCAGUCGACGAUUCAAACGCGUGGAAGGACAAAACGGAGUCUUCGGAAUAAUGACAGCAGAAGAUAAAGUGAGAAAGCGCAACGCGCCGACUCACACCACAUCACGUAAACGAGCGACGCCAAAGGACAAUGCCGCAGUCCAGUCCCUACGCUACAAGGUUAAAUACCGCAAGCUACGAAAGCUCAUCAAACUCAUGAUAUUCGAAAAUGCCGCUUUGAAUGAUGAGGUGUGUCGUACCGAGCAGAAAGUCAAGCGAGCGCAGCAAGAACGAUUCUUCCUCUUACAACGCGUCCUGCACUACCAAGAAAUCUGCGACGUCCCGCCCACUUCCACCAAAGCCACGCCCUCCUCCCGGCGCCCGGUAUCCAAACGUCAUGGGACCAGUGAAGGUGGCGACGGACAUCUGAUUUCAUCACUGUCGUCACUAAACAAACGCGAGAAAGGGAACAAGAAUAAGAGGAAACAUAAGAAAGCUAAAAAGUCUGAAAAGGAUAAGCCAAGAAAGGAUUCUGGCAGGUCAAAAUCCAAAAGGUCAUCGAGCAUGUCAAGUAAGCGUCUUGUGCAGCAGAUACCAUUAGAUUCUGAAGGCAUGCCAAUAUUUCCCAUCAAGCUAAGCAGCCUGACUGUUCACAGUCUUGGUCAAAUCAUAACAGAUCGACCCGCUUACCACGGCGAACAUUGCAUCUACCCAGCUGGAUUCUGCAGCAGUCGUAUGUACACCAGCGCUAAGGAUCCUAACGUCACGUGUCUGUACACGUGUAAAGUGCUGGAUGCUGGCCAGCAACCAAGGUUUGAGAUUGUUGCAGAGGAUGAACCGGAUCAUCCAUUUGUUGGUUCGUCACCGACGGAAUGUCACGACAAUUUGCUGGAUGAAAUCAAUACAUAUGGUGGUCAAGAGAUUCCCAGCGCAAAAGGCAAGGGAACCGACUUUUUUGGACUGACGCACCCAACGAUCCAAAACCUGAUCCAGUGUUCGCCGGGUGCGCGGAAGUGCCUCAGUUACAAGUGGAUGAAGUUCACGACAACACGGUCACAUGACCAGGAGGUCAAAGGUCAAACCAAACACAAGGCAAGGGACUCUGGGAAGAAAAGCCGUCGGGAAGGAGGGAGCAGCGUCAGGAAAUCUGACCAAUCAGAUCUGAAGCAAGAUCAAGACUUGAAUAUUUCCACAUCAACAGAACCGCCCUGCUCUGUGACAUCAGGGAGUAGUCUACGAUAUCUACUAACGACCGCCACCGACACAAUCCAAACAGAUACGAGAGUUCAAACUAAAACGAGUGAAGAACCUUCCAUUGUACUCAGUACUAUGCAAACUCGAUCCAAACCAACUAUAACUAAGGAGGAACACAAAGUCAGCACCAUUCAAACCAGAUCUAAACCAGCAGUAGUGACUGUUACUAAAACUAAACCGGAUUUGCAAACCCAAACUAAAACCAAACCGGAUUUGCAAACCCAAAGUAAACCUAAACCGGAUUUGCAAACCCAAAGUAAACCUAAACUGGAUUUGCAAACCCAAACUAAAACUAAACCGGAUUUGCAGACCACCCGAGUUCAAACCAGAUCUAACCUGCCUAACCAGGUUCAGACAAGGUCUAAACCAAUCGCUGCUCCAGUAGUAACCAAAACUGAACCACAAGGAGAGAAAUCUGAUAAAUGAAUGCACGGCAUGUCACUGGUAUGCAAUGGUUGUCUUAAAUGUAAUGUUGCAUGGGAACCAGUGAUGUGAGCUCUGGUUUCUGCCCCUUCUUUUAAGUUUUUGUAUUUAAGGACCAGAAACCAGACUACUUCCCUUCCCUGGUAUGCAUUCCAUGUAAAUGGUGGACUGUAUGUGGAAACCAGUGAUAUGCAAAUUGUCUCCUUCCAUUACCCUCUUUAAAGGGGCACUGCGUCCUGAAAUGUUCAUGUUUUGGAUUGUGUACUUAUCCUAUUUCGAACAUAUGGUUGAAAGGAAACCAACCUAUAAUGUCUUACCGUUCCCGAGAAAAGAUAUUUUCCUGUCGUUUUCAGUCAAUGUACGAUGCCCGUUGUGUACAAUGUCACAUAAAUUACACACAGCACCAAUGCACAAAUGUGGUUUCUAACACGUCUGCAGAAGGCGAACACUUUAUGGCUGGAAUCACAACUAGCAUGAACAGCCUGACUUUCUGGGGUUGCAAACAAUGGACGUCGAAAGUCGUUCUCGCACGAAUAACACAAGAAUAACUCAAAAACGGCCAUCUUUUAAAGGAUAGUUGUGUGGAUGUUUAUAUCCUACUUUUUAAUGUUCUUUCCGAUUAAACAGCGUUUCGUUCAAAGCGCGUUUUGUAGCCCAAGUAGGCGCAUUCCAUGAUGCAGUGUCCCUUUAAUUAACUUGUGAAAAUGAAAACACCAGCAAAUCCUUUUCAGUUUCCUAUAUUUUGUUUCACUUUUAUUUCACAAGAGAAUUCAAUAUCUUCUGAAGGAAGUCAUGUUACAUGAUUGCAUUCAGUUUGUGUCUUGCAAAAUAAAUAUAUAGUUUCAAACCUGUAA